AUGGGUGAAUACUACUCGUACUCGGUUAUCAUGUCGUGGAUGAAACGAAUCGCAGAUCGUAUGCCAGAAAUCGCAAAAUUGGUUGAUGUUGGUACAAGCAGUGAGGGAAGAAGUAUUGUUGGCUUGCAGUUUGGAAGAAACGCAUACAAUAAAAAAGUUGUUGUGAUUGAUGCUGGUAUUCAUGCUCGCGAAUGGGCUGCGGUUCAUACUGCCAUGUACUUUAUCAAUCUGAUUGUUAAUGGCCGUGAUAGCGACCCAAAAAUACGUAACUACCUCGACAAUCUUAUUAUUUACAUUUUCCCAGUUCUUAAUCCUGAUGGCUACGAGUACACACGUACCGAUAGGACAAAUCCUAAGGUGACCUCUUUCCCUACUUUUCUUCUUCUUUAUUUUCAAGCCUGCAUA